AUGCGGUCUUCUGCAUGGCUCCUCUCCCUCCCCAUAGUGGCCGAAGCUGGCGAAGUCCUGUGGAGCGGGUUAUUCAAUGCCUCCACGACCGUUGCGGACUUCGAUAAAUGGUCGUGGUCUAACCAAGUCGGGGCUUGGCAGUGGUAUAUUCACGGGAGUGCUUCGACGGAAAAGUACCUGAGUCUCUCGCCUGACCACAAGAACCCGGCCGAUACCAGUGAUCAACAGGGUAUUCGGAUCACAAUUGAUGGCACGUCGUUCUGGAAUGGACAAACCAUGGAACGAUCCGAGAUCAUCCCCCAGACAAAGGCGGAUCUUGGGAGCGGGCAUCUCUUCUACCAUUUCUCGCUGAAGACAGAAGAGAUAAAUGCACCGAACGCAAGCUUCGAGCAUCAGAUCGCGUUCUUCGAGAGCCAUUUCACAGAGCUCAAAUACGGCACCGCGAGCGGCGCCUCGGGCGAAGACAAUACGCUCCGUUGGUGCGUCGGUGGAGUCUCGCACUGGGAGACUGACUUGGAAGCAGGGCAGUGGUACAACUUCGCCUACGAUAUCGAUUUCGACGCGAAAACUGUUGGGCUGUGGGCGUCGAAUGGGCCCAAUGACCUAAAGCAGGUUGUGUCGGCUGUCAACGCGUCGACUUCGACGGACUCUGCGGAUUGGCAUAUCGGCGAGUUGCGGCUCGAGAAUGGGGGCUUGAAUGCGGCUGCGGAGGAUUGGUUUUGGUCUGGGAUCUUUGUGGAGAAGGCUCCCAUCACGGCUGGUAUUGCUGGCCCUGCGUGA